AUGAUUACCAACCUAGCCAUCGUAGUGGCCUUCGGCAUUGGUCUGAAGACUCUGCUAUACAUGAUCAUCCAGCAUCGGCCCAACAGACGAGCAGCAACUGAUGAGAAGCGGCCACCUCUCAAGCUCCCGCUGAUCGGGGAUCUUCAUACCUCUCCCAUAGAUAAGCCCCUCGCCAACUGGGACGACUGGGCGAGACAAAAUGGGCCCAUCACCAUUUCCAGGUUAUAUGGGAUCGUCCCAGUCGUGAUACUCAACUCUUACGAGGCGGUCACUGAAUUGUUCAGUCGCCGCAGCCAGUGGUAUAGCAACCGGCCGCGUUCGGCGAUGAUGGAGAUGAUCACCGGAGCAAAGCCCGGACAGUCUCGAUUCACUCUGAUGCAUGAUUAUGAUGAUCACCUCAAGCUGCAUCACAGAUUGCUAGCUCCCAGUCUCGGGGCCCUCGCAGCGCCGAGAUAUCAGCCGUUGAUGGAACUAGAGAACAAACAGUUGCUCGGUGACCUGUGUGAUGCUCUCCACGGAUGUCCUGAUGGCGCCACCAUCAGCACCGCAACGAUUUAUCCCCUCCUGGAACGCACUCAGUCGAGUAUUAUUCUGGGCUUACAUUACGGCCUGCGAAUCCUCCACCCCGAAGACGAACUUCUGCAGGAGAUAAUCGGCACUCAGGCCCAAGUGACCCAUCUGGCUGCUAAUCCCGGCCUACCAGAUCUUAUUCCAAGCUUGCGUCAACUGCCUGGAUUUCUUUCCCCCUGGAAGCGUGGAGCCGAUGAGCUCUUCGCAACCCAAUCAGACCUCUACCUGCGUCUGUUUGACCGAGGGAGGGACUCAGACAGCUGGAACGCCACAAAGCAAGCCCUUGCAACGACCGAGAAGUACACGGCGGUACCAGAUCUGGACCUUGCAUUUACACUGGCCACAUCUAUUCAAGGUGGGAUGGAGACUUCCCCUCGUCAAAUGCUAUGGUUAUUCAUUGCGAUGCUGCACCGACCCUCCGUUCUUUCCCGGGCACAUGCCGUGCUUGACGCAGUGGUGGGACAAGGUCGAGCGCCGCGAUUCUCCGACCGGCCGAAGCUGGUAUAUAUCGAUGCCAUUGCUCAUGAACUCUUCCGCUGGAGGCCCAUCUCGCCCGGUUCCAUCCCGCGACGGGCCGACCGGGACGACGAGCUCCAGGGGCUGAAGAUCAGCCAAGGCGUCACUGUCAUGGCCAAUGCAUGGGCCGUGGGCCGAGAUGCAAAAAUUUUUGACUCUGCCCUGGGAGAUCUCCACGACUUCGUGCCUGACAGGUGGCUGCUGCACCAUGAUCCCGACAACGCAGAGGCUCAGCUAUGGUCCGACCUCCCGCUGCCCGUGUUUGGGCAGGGUCGACGCAUCUGCCAGGGCAAGAGAAUUGCUACAGAUGGGGCCUUUCUGCAGGUAGCCAACUUGUUGUGGGCCUUUGAUAUCAUGCCCGUGGAAGGGGAAGAGAUGGAUCCAUGGGCCAUGACCGUCGUGGGGUUCAUGACGAUGCCCAAGGAGCUGAGGAUGCGGCUGAAGCCUCGCGGUGACUGGAUGAUGGAGGCCAUCAAACGGGGACCUAAAAUCGCGGCGGAGGACUUGGAUCAAAUGACAGGGUCUGUCAACGAUCUGGAGAGGUAA